AUGAUGCGCCGCACAAGCAGCAUCUCGAGCAUCAGCUCGCAGGCCUCGGACGACGAGACGAUGCAGAUCUUCGUCAAGAACGUCUCGGGCACAUCCACCAUCCCCCUCACGCUCCCAUCCUCCACCUCAAUAUCCACCCUCUCCACGCUCCUCGCCCUGCGCCACAACCUCCCCGCAACCGACCUGCGCCUCGUCCACGCCGGCAAGCACCUCUCCGCGCCCGCGGAAACGCUGUCCAGCCUCGCCCUCCCGCCAAAUACGGUGCUGCACAUGGCGCUGCCCCUGCGCGGCGGCAUGCCGCCCAAGAAGAUACGCUGCUCGUUCAAGGAGUGCAAGGACGCCGCCCAGCGCAUCGUCGGCGACUGCGGCUUCUGCUCCGGCCACUUCUGCGGGAAACAUCGCCUGCUCGAGGACCACAAGUGCGAAGGCUUGGAGGACUGCAAGAAGGAGAGCCACGAGCGGAAUGCGACGAAGCUGAAUAGCGAGCGGACGGUGGCUAUCAAGGGGGUUUGA